AUGGCAAUUCUCGUCCUUUUUUCUUUGUUGAUCGUUGUCAUCGAUUCUCGUAGCCAGUUCUCCUCUCAUGUACAUCUUCUUCAUUCGUAUAGUGGUGAUUAUCCAGAUAAUCGAUUUUGGAGCAUAGAUCUGAGUCGAAUCUCCUUGUUUCUCCUGCAUAUCCUCUGUCUUCGUUCUCUGGAUCAUGACGAUGCGUGGUUUGCAGAAAUCAGAUGUUAA